GUUUUCUUUUUCUCCCCUCCCAUCUAUUUCCUCCUCGCUUGCCACUAGUUUACCUUCACUUGUUCAGCCUUCACUCUGAGAGGAGGAGGAGGAUGGUAUAUGAUUGGCCAGGCGGGGACUGGUAGUCCGGAGGCUGGCAUUGUGCUCCGCGUUGAUCCCCCGUGUUCUUGUUUACACCUUGCGGCCGGGGACGAGAAGAGACACCCAAGGGCCCCCACAGACCAGAACAGACUCGGGUCUCGUCCGGUCUGCACUGAACGCGGCUAUCCGGCAGCAUCUUCCCCGUGGUACUUCUUUUUUGUAUGGUGGCAAGUUUCUCCUUUGCCGGGAAUCGGACUCUCUCUCGCGUCUCAUUUCAUCCGUCCGUUCAGAGCAGCAAUGCGUCAAACUUUUUGGUGACUUUUGUGGCACCUCUGCGCUGAUGGCUCCCAGUCAAGCAGGGUACAAGUGCAGCUGGAAAUGAUAUCCACCAGGAGUAGCAGCGGCAGAUUGUUUCCCUAUAUACACAGGGUGUGAUAUCCACGGACCUCUUCAAACUUUGAUUACGGGCGGAAAUUACACCCUUUCAAUCUCUCAGACAUUUCCAAGCUGCUGGGUGAUGGAUGUGUUUUGAGCGUUGCAGUCUGUUUGCGUCAACAGUCAAGAGUGAACUAUUUACCAAAACAACGGCAGCCAACAUCAAUUACUGGACUCGUUGGUAUUUCACUCAGUCCUGAUAAAUCCGUCAGCGGGAAAGACUUUCUUGGACGAGAGCCACUUUGGUGUGUCAGAAGCUCCGCAGGUUACGCUGUGUGGGGGAAAACACGGGACGUUUCGCAACGGCGUAGCCGGAAAAGAUGCUCUCUGCUCGGAUGCAGCGUGACCAAGGUCUCGGUCCUCUGGUUCUUCUUCUCCUAGUCGGGGGAUAUGUCGUGUCUGGCACUGAGAGCACCGACUACAGCGAUGCUGAGGUUCUCCCUGACUCCUUCCCGUCAGCACCGGCGGAACCUCUCCCAGAAUUCCUACUGGAACCGGAGGACGCUUUCAUCGUGAAGAACCGACCGGUCCAGCUGCGGUGCCGGGCGUCACCAGCCACCCAGAUCUACUUCAAAUGUAACGGGGAAUGGGUCAAUCAAAACGAUCACGUCACCAGAGAAAGCCUGGACCAGGUCACAGGUCUGGUGGUGCGGGAGGUGGACAUCUCUGUGUCGAGGACCCAGGUGGAGGAGCUGUUCGGGUUGGAGGACUACUGGUGCCAGUGUGUGGCCUGGAGCUCGGCUGGCACUACCAAGAGCAACCGAGCCUACGUUCGCAUUGCAUACCUGAGGAAGAACUUUGAGCAGGAGCCGCUGGGGCGGGAGGUGCGACUCGAGCAGGAGGUGCUGCUGCAGUGUCGCCCUCCGGAAGGCAUGCCCGCUGCUGAGGUGGACUGGCUGAAGAACGAAGACGUCAUCGAUCCAUCGCAGGAUUCCAACUUCCUGAUCACCAUCGAUCAUGAUCUGAUCAUUAAACAGGCCAGACUCUCAGACACCGCCAACUACACCUGUGUGGCUCGUAACGUGGUGGCCAAAAGACGCAGCAGCACCGCUACUCUUAUUGUUUAUGUGAGCGGAGGUUGGUCUUCUUGGACCGAAUGGUCAGAGUGCAACGCUCGGUGCGGGCGGGGCUGGCAGCGACGAACACGCAGCUGUACCAAUCCUGCGCCUCUGAAUGGAGGAGCCUUCUGUGAGGGCCCACCCUUCCAGAGAGUAACCUGCACCACACUGUGCCCAGUGGAUGGAGGCUGGACAGAGUGGGCAAAGUGGUCCGCCUGUGGGACAGAGUGCACCCACUGGCGCAGUCGCGAGUGCCAAGCCCCCCCACCUAGAAAUGGAGGAAAGCACUGCAGCGGCAGCAUGAUGGAGAGCAAAAACUGCACUGAGGGGCUGUGUGCGCGCAAUAAAAAGAUUUCUAUUGAACAUGCAAGCCAUCCGCUGGCCCCAGGUAUGGGAGUCGCAGUCUAUGCUGGUCUGGUGGGGGCCCUGCUGCUGUGUGUGAUAUUGGUGUUGUGCGUGGGAGUGCUCGCAUAUCGCCGCAGAUGCCGCCAUCUCCAUGGAGACAUCACCGAUUCUUCAUCUGCUCUCACUGCCGCCUUCCACCCUGGCAACUACAAACCUCCCAGACAGGAUAACCCUCACCCUCUGCAUCCCUCUGCUCCUCCGGAUCUAACAGCCACAGCAGGGGCUUUCCGCGGGCCACUCUUCUCCCUGCAGCAGGGGGUCAACGACAGCCCCCACAAAAUCCCCAUGACCACCUCACCCCUGCUGGACCCUUUGCCAAGUCUCAAAAUCAAGGUGUAUAACGCCUCCACUCUUUCCUCCCUGGAGCUCCCCACAGAAAUGGGCUUAGGUGAUGGGGAGAUCCUCAGCCUGAAGUCGGUGGGUACUAUGGGAAGAGAACGAGAUUACCACAGCCACACCCUGUCCAGAGAGCCUGGGCUGAGCACCAGCGCCACCCUGGGUAAUCUUGGAGGACGCCUUACCAUCCCCAACACAGGUGUGAGUCUGCUGGUCCCCCCUGGCACAAUCCCCCAGGGGAAGUUCUAUGAGAUGUACCUCAUUAUCAACAAGUGGGACAAAACGACGCUACCCUCUGAGGGCAGUCAGACUGUACUAAGUCCCGUGGUGAGCUGCGGCCCAUCUGGUAUGCUGCUGAAUCGUCCCGUGGUUCUUACUUUGCCCCACUGUGCCCAACUAGACACACCUACACCUGAUUGGACCCUCACACUCAAGACACAGACACACCAGGGGGCAUGGGAGGAGGUGCUAACAGUAGGAGAGGAGACUUUGUCGUCUCCGUGCUACCUGCAGCUGGAGGAGGAGUGUUGUCAUGUUCUCAUGGAGCAGUUGGGAACGUACGGCCUGGUGGGCCAGUCCUGCCCUCCACAGCCUGCCUGCAAACGCUUGCAGUUGGCACUAUUCGCCCCUCGAGCUCCCUGCCUCUCCCUGGACUACAGCCUCCGUAUCUACUGCAUCCAUGACACCCCACAUGCACUCAAGGAGGUGCUGGAUUUGGAGAGGAGUCUGGGUGGAGUUUUGCUUGAGGAUCCCAAGCCACUGCUUUUCAAAGACAGCUACCACAACCUGCGCCUGUCCAUCCACGACAUUCCUCACACUCACUGGAGAAGCAAACUACUGGCAAAGUAUCAGGAGAUCCCAUUCUAUCACAUCUGGAGUGGGAGUCAGAGACCCCUGCACUGCACCUUUAGCCUGGAGAGAGGGAGCCUGGCUGUGUCGCAGCUCACCUGUAAGAUCUGCGUCCGACAGGUGGAAGGGGAGGGACAGAUAUUCCAGCUGCACACGGAUAUUCAGGAGACUCUACCCCCGCACUCGCCCCUCCCCUCAGGAGGCACCUGCCUGCCUUCCUCUCAAGUGGGACCCUAUGCCUUUCGCUUGCCUGACUCCAUCCGCCAGAAGAUCUGUGCCAGUUUGGAUGCACCUAGCGCCCGAGGAUGUGACUGGAGACUACUGGCACGCAGCCUGGGCUUUGACAGGUACUUGAAUUACUUUGCAACAAAGCCGAGCCCCACAGGUGUUCUACUGGACUUAUGGGAGGCUUGUCAUCAAGCUGACGCAGACCUGGUCUCUUUGGCGACCGCGCUGGAAGAAAUGGGCAAAAGUGAGGUGCUAGUUGUCAUGACAACAGAUGGGGAUUGUUGAUUGGUCAAGGAACAAGAGAGCAAGCCAGACUUUUUUUUUUUUUUUUUUCUCACCACCGUGAUGACAAUAAGAAUACCUGCCUAUGAAUAUGCACACCCCCGGCACAAAUCAUAAGCCCACAGAGCAUUUUGGUUCCUUCACAUGCACUGUAUUACCUCUGCCUCAUCUUCCUUUCCACUGACCCCUGAUCAGCCACUGUAGCUACAUACCCGCCCAUUCCCAUGCGUGCUAUCCCAUGAUAACUGCUAAUCUGAUUCAGCUUGAAUCCUCCAAAGCAAUGUUGCAUCUGCACGACGUGAAACCAAUUUGAGGGUACAAAGGCGUAAAAUGGGUGUAAAGUCGUCUGUCAUGUGUGGUGUUGGCUGUCUUCUUUAGAGAUUGCAAAUUACACUAUUCUUGUAUAUAAAUAAGAAAAACUUUGGGACAAACUAAAAAAAAAAAAGAUGUAUUCAACACACUAAAGCACGCACAAUAACACAAACAAGUCAAAUGCUAGCACGGGAUUACUCAUGUUUCAGUAGCAGCAUGAAAGUGCAUGAUUUAACACCAUCUCACCUCAUGGCAGGGGCUUUUGUUUUCUCCAUUGUCAUUCUGUGUGUGCAGUGAAUGACAGGCAGCACCAAACUGUCUGAAACCUCCUCAGGCUACAGACAAACUUCGACUCACACACACACACACAAGCACACAUGGACAAACUGGUCAUUAACUGGCUCUGAAUCAGCUAGGCUAAGAUUUCCUGUCUAACUGCUUCGACUGUCGACAAAUCACAUGAGGUCCGAACCCUCAAGGUCUGAGGGUUUGAGCAUGUCGCUUUGGGCUGAAGAAAAAAAAUAAAAAAGCUGCCUCUUCUUUGUGCUAGGAGGGUGAAUUGUGAAGUUAAUUUAAGAAUUGGCAGAUAGCUAUACCGACUGACUCUUUAUAUUGUACCAACAAAUGCCUCAAAGCCUUGGCAUAUCAUUCCGACUCACAGGGGUGUUUCUCUGUCAUCUCUCCUUGCAUUCCUCUAUCGCUCUGCCACACUCCUCCGAUCUGUUGAGAAUAAACUGCAGGGGAGCUUUCUGGUCAUCCCUUAAAAGUUUCCUUUGGGGAACGCUCUUUAAGUUAUUAUCCAUAUUUGUGGAUUUUUUUUUCAUUGCCAUUGCUGUUACGAUCAUUUAGAAGCUGUUCCAUCAUCUGUGCUUGUUUGGGCUGCUGAGCUGUUUUAUUUUUGAUUCUAGUAGAGCAGGCCAAAUGGGAGACUUAGAUGCACAGUGGAUGUCUCAGUUGUGAAUAAUGAAAUCAUGUUUACUUGUUAUUUUAAAUAUGGUGCAUCUAUUCAAAAUGUAAUCUGUAAACCAUGAUUAGAGGUGGUCAGAUAUCCAGGUGAAUAUACUGUAUGCUGUAUUGUAGGCGUUUUGCUUUACUGUAACUGAGGGCAGUUCCCAUUGUUCAGAGAUGGAUGUUAAAGAAUAGAUUAGCCUUGAAUCAGCUAGGCAGCAAGGGACCAUAAAAUUUACCUCAACACUAACUGCAUUAUGUUUCUCUGUCCACCACUUAUCUGUGUGUCCAUCUGUCUAUCCACCGCCCUGUAAUUCAUUAUUUCUCCCGUUUCAAUUUGAUGACCUAUUGUUACCUUUCUACGAAGCCGCCUGCUUUGUGGUCAGGGUCCUCAAGCUUUCUACAUUAUCAAUGUUGUUCUGUCACUUAUUGUUAGACGGGAAUUGAAAUGCUUUCAUCUGUAACUUUGUCAUUACUUAAGUUCUCUGUGUUAUUGAGUCUUUUUAUCCCUCAAAGCAAAAAAAAAAGUGUUCAUAUCAUUGAAACCACAAAAACCAAAACACAGGCAGUAUCCCUCCUCUCAGCAGUGAGUCAUGUCACUGUUUUGUGUGAAUGAACUGAAAAACAUAAGUGUGUGUGUAUGAGUGUGUGUUGAGUGAGUGGGUAUGUGUGGGCAGGUGGGUGUGCGUGUACAGUAUGUGCACACGCUCAAGAUCUGUCAUUUCUCUUUGUAAGUGCUAUGCAAGUACAAAAGAAAAGCAAAGCAUUUUGACUUCUUUUGUUUCCUGGAAGAGUAAUUCUAUUUUUUCAGAUCAGGGCAUUGACAGGGUUUUGAUUUUGUAUCCUAAAGUGGUUUAAGAGAGGUUUAACAUUUUUUGGUUCUGGUGGGAUGUGUGGGAAUUCUUCAUCUGGAUCGGAAGGAUUGGAUCACCGACCAAGGAAGCUAACUAUUGGAGAAAAAAAAGCACAUGUGGGAGAACAAAACAAAGUAUGGUGCAAUGGUUACAAAACAAAUUGUGAUUACCAUCAUGAACUCGUGCCCUGCAGGUCUUUGCCCGUGAGGAAGUAUCUGAACACGACUAGUUCAGAACUUUGGAUCCCUGAACACUGCAGGACAAUUUUUCUUUCCUCGAAUCUUGUUACAGAGACUGGCUAGCUGUAGACUACAGUGUUUAUUCGUCCAGAUUUCUUGAGUAUCUGUUGGAUCUUUGGCCAUAGCUCUGGAUAAUUUAUGCCGGAGCUGGACUGGAUUCCUCCUCACUCCCAUCAAAGAGAAAAAUUUAGCCUUUGUUCAAGAAGUCAAGACAUUUUUAUGGGAAAAAAACAAAAUGGAUUCAGUGACAUUAUUUUAUCUCUGUAAAGUACCAAUUGUAAA